AUGGCUCACUGCGAAGCGGCUUCUAAGCCGAUAUUGCAAUGCCUCCGACAGGCGUAUAAGGGCCGUCUCGCUGCAUCGCAAUUGCGGCUGGACCGUUCAUUCUCGUCAACCGCAGCUACUUUGAGCAGCGCUGGAACAGAAGCAGCAGCUCCCAAAGAGCCAUUCUACAGAGCCAUCGACCCAGAAUUGGUAUCGAGCCCUCGCCUCGAAAGGAGACUUAUACGAGCGGGAAAGUUCCCAGUCGGUUCUCGUCGACGCCGUGCUGCGCUGCAAGGGUCACCAAACCACCCUUUCGAACAACUACCCUUCCAAUGCUUCCAGGAUGCCCGAAAAGUCCUUCAGGAAGACCGUGAGGAGAAACUCCAGCAGAUUGAGAAAGAGAGAGCCCGGUUGGCUAGGCUACGUGAAGCGGAUCCGGCAACAGUUGGGGGGGAAGCACAGCAGCAAACGAGGAUCAAGAGUAUGGGAAAGCACCUAGAAAAAUUGAAGAUUCUAGCAGACAUAAAUGAUCCUCUGGUUAAGAAGCGAUUUGAGGACGGAAUGGGUGAUAUGUCGAAGCCCAUAUACCGGCAUUUGGCCAACCAGAAAUGGAGGGAAUACCGACGAUUGAUCCUCAUCCAGCGACUUACACAGAUGAAAGUCGUUCCCGACGUUCUCCCCCACGUCGACCCUGUUGUAGAUGUCCAGCUCUUCUUCGGAAAGAAGCCAAUUCAACCAGGUGUAUUCGUUGAUUCUCGUAUCAGCAUGCUCCCGCCUUCCCUCGAUAUCCAGUCCUUCGAUAAAGGUGAAAAGUUGGUCACCAUUGCCGUUGUCGAUCCAGACAUACCCAAUUUAGAAGCAGACAGCUUUGACAACAAAACCAUUUUCUUAGCUGUUAAUGUUCCCAUUUCGCCUACUUCAACCUCCGUUUCUCUGAGCGACCUCGCUGAAUCCCAAGUUGUUCUCCCUUGGACAGCUCCUUAUUCGCUAAAGGGCAGCCCUUACCACAGAAUUUCAGUCUUCGUGAUGGAGCAGAAGGAUCAAAAGGCAUUGGAUCGGAAUACUGUCGCAGAGAAGGCCAACCGUGACUCCCGCCUUCGAAGCUUGGAAACCAGGCACCAAUUGAAGCCAAUUGGCGCAAAUCUCUUUAGAACCCAGUGGGAUGACAACAUGGCAUCUGUCAUGGAGGAGCUUGGAAUCGAAGGGGCUGACGUCGAGCUGAAGAGGAAGCGCGUGGAGCCGCUUCCAUAUAAGAGAAGAAACCCAGCUUCUUUCAGAUAA